AUGUCUGAUCGCGUUUCCAACGGCGCUGAGGACAAGCGGAUCGGACAAAGGUUACCCCGCCCCCUCCCCUCGCGCAUGUUCAGCCAUUCCUCAAGUCCAUCGGGCUCGGCGCAAAAUGAACCGCACACUCGAUUCUGUUGCCCUGGAGAAUAUUUGGCGGACGGUUUCCGACUCCAGAUUCCCGACUUUGUCGAGAGUUUAUCCCCUGUGGAGACGUGUGAAGAGGCCAUCUCUGUGCCCAAAAAACGAAGCCGGGAUGGAUGA